GGCGGAGGAGGGAGCAGAUAAUCAGAUGAAGGCUGACAGAGAGCGGGCGGCAGGAUGAACCGCUGCUUGGAGCUACAACUCGGAGUUUCCACUCGAGCGUAGCGGCCAGCAGCUCCAGCGUCUCCCCUGCGGCGGUCCCGGCGGAGGACGGACGGAUCAUCCAAGUGGCUUCGUUCCUCCACAAGCAGCCGAGAUGACUCUCUUCUGUCCCGCCUGUCAGCGCCAGCGAGCCGCUUUAAUUCCGACACUAAGACUAAAUUAUUGCACGGGAUUUAACGGCUCAGGCGACCGGAAAUAACCGACGACUGCAGCUGGAUUUGCACUGUGAUGGACUGGCGGUGAAUGUUCAUGUUUACACUCCUCCGUGUCUGGAUUUGACUUCGGCUAGCAAGGAAUGGAUACAGCUAGCUUAUUCAGCGUCUCCUCCCGACUUUAAUUUCGAGUUGCGGAUCAAUAUUAGAGUUGUUUUUUGUCCGGAGCAGAAGUCACUUGACAUCACCGGGGGACUUCGGCUAACGGUAGCCGCCGCCGCCGCCGCUGCUAGCAGCCCGAGCCGCUGCGAGUUCACGGUCAUGUAUCGACACGCUCCGAACCAACACCCCUCCAGCGUGUUGUUGUGCACCAGGGCCGAGAGAGCUGUGUCGGGAUCGAAGGGAGCUUCGAGGCUCGGCCGCUGGUGAAGUCACCCCAGUGACAGAGAGAGCGGAGAGAAGGGACCCCGGAGAGCGCGGAAAAGGGGGGAUUCUGACCCAGCUUGGCAACCACCUCCAGCCAAAAUGGGUGAGCAGCCCAUCUUCAGCACCCGCGCCCACAUCUUCCAGAUCGACCCCACCACCAAGAAGAACUGGCUGCCCACCAGCAAGCACGCCGUCACCGUCUCCUACUUCUUUGACAGCACCAGGAAUGUGUACCGCAUCAUCAGCCUGGAAGGCAACAAGGCCGUCAUCAACAGCACCAUCACCCCCAACAUGACCUUCACCAAGACGUCACAGAAGUUCGGCCAGUGGGCCGACAGCCGGGCCAACACCGUCUACGGCCUGGGCUUCUCGUCCGAGAGCCACCUGUCCAGGUUUGCAGAGAAGUUUGCGGAGUUCAAGGAGGCGGCUCGGCUGGCGAAGGAGAAGUCCCAGGAGAAGACGGAGCUCGGCAGCGCCCCCUCUCAGGGUGGCGCUGUUAGGAGGAGAGUGGUACCAGGCGGCAGACCCGGUACCAAGAAGGAGUCAGCCACAGGCCCGCCGCUGUCCCCGUCUACCCCCGAGGGCCUCAACGGAGCCCAGGACCAGUCCACUGGGCCCUCAGAACCUCAAGCCGAGUCUUCACAGAACGCCCUGCCCGCCUCGCAGAGUUCGGCCAGCAUCAACAAGCACUGGGAGGCGGAGCUGGAGGCCCUGAAGGGGAACAACGCCAAGCUGACGGCGGCGCUGCUCGAGUCCACCGCCAACGUCAAGCAGUGGAAACAGCAGCUGUCGGCCUAUCAGGAGGAGGCGGAGCGGCUGCACAAGCGGGUGACGGAGCUGGAGUGCGUGAGUGGUCAGAGCACGGCUGUCAAGUCUCAGAAGACAGAGCUGAACCGGACCAUAGAAGACCUGGAGGCAGCGCUGAAGGCCAAGGAGGAGGAGCUGGAGCGGCUGAAGGCUGAGGUGGAGAGCAGCAACCAGUUCCAGACCAACAGGGACUCGCUCACGCUGAAGCUGCAGGAAACUGAGGCCAGGAACCGGACCCUGGAGAGCCAGCUGAGCGAGCUGGAGCAGCGUCUGGAGAACAACCAGCUGGAGAGAGAGAGCUUCCGCAAGAGCCUGCGCUCGCUGCUGGAGAUGCUGGACGGGAAGAUCUUCGAGCUCAACGAGCUGAGAGACGCGCUGGCCAAGCUGCUGGAGGGCAGCUAGAGGCAGGACACACUCACGUCUGUACCUCUGCCCUUGUGGGGACCUCUCAUUGCCCUUUCCCCAGCCUCUCACCCUUAACCUAACCAUCACACACGGCUCACCUUACACUUGGAACCAAACUGAAACCCAAUUAUCUGGACCCAGUUAUUUAUAAUAAGUCUACAAGUUUUCACCCUCAAAUUGAGGCUUGAACUUGUGGUCGCCACAAGGAAGGUGUUUUGUCACGAAUUGGUCCCCACAAGGAAGGAUAAACAGGUACACAUACAUUUCGGUACGAUGACAUCAUUUGAUUUACACACAACUUGUUUACACAGUAACAGUGCUCACGUUACUUUGGUACGAAACAGAUGUUUUAUGUUUUGACACACACACACACACACACUUGUGUUUACACCGGCGCGGUGCUUUUUCUGCCUUCCCUCCGCUCCACUCUGGAAUUUUCUUCAAGCUGAUGGUGUUUCUUCUUCUGUGGUGCGCCCAGACGUCGCCCCCUGCUGGCCACGCCUCUUUUUUUUCUGCUCGUCAUCGGCCAAACAAACUCAGAGUUGCAGACUUUUUACUCCUCGGCCUCCGGGGGGCGACGGAGGACUUUCCUACAACCCAAAAGCAAUACAGCUGGGGAGGCGCGUGGAGUUCUGACCCCUGUGGACUUUUGUAAUCCAAGUUCUGACCCGUGUGUUUGAGUGGCGCUCGUCUUUCCUGCGUGUGACCCGGCUUGCAGUGCGCUGACCAAGCCUUUUCUUUUCUUCUUCUGCGUGUUUUUUUGUCUUUGGGAGGAAAACUGGCAAUACAACUACGAAGCAGGACGUUGGGACUCUUGUUGCCAAAUCUCUUCGUUUACGCUGACGUUGCCUUCAGAUCAAGACGGCGCCGCGAAGGCUUCACCUUUUGCCAAAUCAAAGAUGGUGGGCGGCGUCGGGAGGUCACGUGGUCGUGGACACGUGAGAGUCAUUCAAGGGCUGAUGAAAACAUGUUGAUGACAUCACCAACUUGUAACUUCACUUUCUAGUAAAACUACUAAAAACACCAGUCUUUUCCUGCACCUCCUUUAUCUCACCAGCAGGGGCGCUGUGCUGCCGACUCAAGCACCACACCCACCACCAUUGC